UUUAGUCUUGUUUGCCUUUCAUAUUAGAGGAAAUUCUUGCCACACCUCAAACCAAAAUUAAGGAGAAAAGAAAGAAGUUAGCCACAUAAAUCUGACCAAGAGCACAAACAUCUUAAUUUGAAUCCACAAAGUUUUGUAUAAUGAAAAGAAGUACAAAGUUUUAAUUCAGCCCAAGUGGUUUCCAAGCAGAUUGUAUUUACUUAAAUUGCUACAGUAAUUCAAAGGACAGUUCUGUCUGAACACAGAGUUACUGUGGAUUUUUAAAGAAACUCCGUUAAGGAUUUAGGCAUUUCUGAUUCAGUUAAAGGAUUUGCCAAUUCAUCAAUCUCUGAAACUAAAGCAAUUUCAACAGGGAAAAAAAGAACAUGGGCUUUUUAAGUCCAAUAUAUGUCCUUUUCUUCUUCUUUGGAGUUAGAGUAUAUUGCCAAUAUGAAGUUUACCAAUGGGGUGAAGAUUAUGACCAAGAGCCAAAUGAGGAUUAUGAGCCAGAAUUCCAAUUUCAUCAAAAUAUUGAAUAUGGAGUUCCCUUUUAUCCAAAUGUUUUAGGCUGUGCUAAGGAAUGCUUCUGUCCAACUAACUUUCCAACAUCAAUGUACUGUGAUAAUCGUAAACUCAAGACUAUCCCAAAUAUUCCAAUGCACAUUCAGCAACUCUACCUUCAGUUCAAUGACAUUGAGGCUGUGACUGCAAAUACAUUUAUUAAUGCAACUCAUCUUAAAGAAAUUAACCUCAGCCACAACAAAAUUAAAUCUCAAAAGAUUGAUUAUGGUGUGUUUGCUAAACUUUCAGAUCUACAACAACUUCAUCUAGAGCACAACAACUUAGAAGAAUUUCCAUUUCCUCUUCCAAAGUCUCUGGAAAGACUCCUUCUUGGUUAUAAUGAAAUCUCUACACUUCAAACAAAUGCCAUAGAUGGGCUGGUAAACUUGACUAUGCUUGAUCUCUGCUACAAUCACCUUUCUGAUUUGAUGUUAAAGGAAAACAACCUUUUCAAAAUGGAAAAGUUAAUGCAGCUCAACCUAUGUAAUAACAGAUUAGAAUCAAUGCCCCCUGCACUGCCUUCUUCACUUAUGUAUCUAUCUUUGGAAAAUAAUUCAAUUUCAUCUAUACCAGAGAAUUAUUUUGACAAACUUCCAAAACUUCAUGCUCUAAGAAUAUCACACAACAAGCUGAAAGACAUCCCAUAUAAUAUCUUUAAUCUUUCCAAUCUUAUAGAACUCAACCUUGGACACAAUAAAUUGAAGCAAGCAUUCUACAUUCCAAGAAAUCUGGAACAUCUAUACCUACAAAAUAAUGAAAUAGAAAAUAUCAAUGUGACAAUGAUGUGUCCUUCUAUUGAUCCACUACACCAUCGCCAUUUAACAUACCUUCGGGUGGACCAAAAUAAGCUGAAAGAACCAAUAAGUUCAUAUAUCUUCUUCUGCUUCCCUCAUAUCCACAGUAUUUACUAUGGUGAACAAAGGAGCACUAAUGGUGAAACAAUAGAACUGAAGACCCAAGUUUUCAGGAGCUAUCAAGAUGAGGAAGAAGAAGAAGAUCAUGAUGGUCAGGACAACACUCCUGAGGGUCAAGAAAUAAUGGAUGAGCAUUUCAAUACUCAUUACUAUGAAAUGCAAGAAUGGCAAGAAACUAUAUAGGUAUAUAUUUAUGACUUCAUAAAGCCUUACUAAUUACAAGUCUAAACAUAUACUGCUCUAAAUAACAUAUAUAGAAGCGUGUGUUAGUGUAAAGAUCAGAAUUGCAUUUACCAUGUUGGUGACAACGGCUUCAUUUCAUAGGCUUAGAGCUUACUAAAAAAUUAUCCAAACCUUAAGAAAUAAAAUAGAAUGGUACAUGGAAAUAAAAAAAAAAAGCUAAGCUCAAAUGGCUUUGUAUAUUCUUUAAAUUUAGUAUUAUCAUGUAAAAAAAAAUAUGUAAGGGCCAGCAAGAUGGCCCAGCAGAUAAAGCAUUUACCACCAAGCCUAAUGACUUGAGUAAGAGAGACCCAACUCCUGCAGGUUGUCAUGUUUUCCUCUGGCCAUACGUGUGCUGUUGUGUAUUCUCCUGAUGAUGAUGAUGAUGAUAAAUAACAUAAAACCAUCUGAACAUGUCAUUUCCAAUCAUGGAACAUUUUCUAGGGAUGGUAAAGAAGUAUUCCUAACAGUGAAGAUAGAGCUAUCCCCCUAGACCUGAAGAGGCCAUCUAAGCAACAGGAGGAAAUGUUAACCUAACAGUCAUCUUUCACUCAAGAAAGAUCACUUUUAGUGACUUUGUCUACAGAGUUCUUUUCAUACUUGUAUUUCUUUUCUUUCUUUCCUUUCUUCUUUCUUUCUUUCUCUUUCUUUCUUUCUUUCUUUCUUUCUUUCUUUUCUUCUUUCUGUUUUGUUUUGUUUUUUGUUUCUUGUUUUGAGACAGGGUUUCUCUGUGUUGUCCUAGCUGUUCUGAAACUCACUCUAUAGACCUGUCUGACCUUGAAUUUAAGAUUCACCUGCCUCUGCCUCCCGAGUGCUGGGACUAAAGAUGUAUACUACCACUACA